UGACACUGCGUUCGGUAAAAAAUCAUUUGAAAAUAUUUGAAAAUCUAUCAAUUUCUAAUAGAAAGAGAAAGAACAAGAUUAAGUAAAGACUUCAAAAAGUUAAAAAACUGUACUUUUAAUCGAACAAAAAGUUGGACAUUGUUCAAACAUUUAUAAUAAUUCUAGGGGUCAAUGAGCUUUCAUAUUUUAUACUUGACGCAAGAUCUACAGAUCUUAUAACUUGUUCCGUCUGUACUGGCCAGUAGUCACAAUAGUACAUGGUAGUAAGUACAGUUCUAUACGUCACAAAAACGUCCUUCUGUAUGGUUGUGUUUCAAAUUGUUUCUUUUUCAGUUAACACAAGCACUGUGUAUUAAAAGAAAUGGCAGUAGACUUGGAUCCGAAUGAUCCUCAAAUACGUUUAUCACAAUUUCUUUAUGUUGGAAAAGAAUAUCCUGAUUAUCAACCAGGAAAUUGGUUUGUCCAUAAUUACUUUUUAGCUAAAAAUGUUCCAUCUAUAGAAGAACUCGCAGAGAAUAUAGAGAAGCAACUGUUACCAGUGGAAAUUAUUACAAAGGCAUUUGAAAGUAACCUUGUUCCAAAUCCAGAAACAUUAGUAUUUGCACUUGCUGUUUGCUGUAGACAAAUGAAAAGUGAGACUUUACGUCAUGCAGCUUACGCAGCCCUGAAUAAAAUAUGUGCAUCCCCGCAACAUUUUAUCUUGUUUAUCAAAUUUGCUUCCCAAAUAAGUAAACAAAAAGAACUGGAUGCAAAUAGUAGUUCAAAGCAUGGAUGGGGUCAAGGCUUAAGAAAGGCUGUAAAUCAUUGGUAUUUGUCAAAAACUCCAAUGGAGUUGGCAAAGUGUGUAACAAGGUAUAGAGGCAGAUACGGUUGGAAGCAUAAAGAUAUCAUAAAACUAUCACAUCCUGUAUCCAAGAAUCCUGGUGGAGAAAUUGUUUUUAAAUAUAUAAUACGAGGUUUGGAAGAAAUUAAUAAAUCGUUUGAUGAGAAUUCUGAAUUCACGGAAAUAAUAGAAUACAUUAAAAAUGUUGAAGACUUUAAACACUGCAGCGACCAAGUUCGGGCUGCUGCUCUUUUAGAAACCUAUAAACUGACAUUAGAUCAUGUACCUGGACAUUUGUUAAAGUCUAAAGAAAUUUGGAAUGCAUUAAUACCGUCAAUGGAUUUGCACAUGCUCUUAACUAAUCUGCAGAGAAUACAUAAUCUUGAAUUAUUAAGACCAAACUCGCCAACAGUUUCUAAAGUAACAGAGCAACUUAUUAAUGACGAAAAUAUAUCCCGAAGUAAGGUUCAUCCAGCUCUAGUAUUAGUUACAAUAAGGGAUUAUGAAAAUUCUGGAAAACCACUAACGUAUGAAAAAAGAAAAAUCAGAGAACAGUUUGAUAAACCUUUGCCAGCUCCGCCUAAACCGAAUUCUAAAAUCAUUGAUGCUCUCUAUAAACUGUUAAACCUUUCAUUUGCUCAUAUUCAAUCAACUGGUUUACGUUACAUGGUAACAAUUAAUAUGAACAAAGUGAUGUUGGAAACGCAUGCUUGGCGUAGCGGAAAUGUAAAUGGUGCCGAAGCAGGGUGCAUGAUAGCACUUGCGCUUCUUCGCAGUGAGAAGAAUGUCACCAUAGCGACGUUUAAAAAUGUUGGUAUUCAUACUGUAAACAUUGACAAAACUGCUUCCUUUGGUCAGGCUAUGAGAAGAUUGCAACAGAUGCCUGUUGGAAAUGUAAAUUUGGGUAAACCGAUGUCGUGGGCCGCUUAUCAAAAUAAUAAAUACGACGUAUUUAUUAACGUCGUAGAUCAAAUAUUCGAAAAAACUGAUACUUCUGAAGAGGCUCUUCAAGCAUACAAAGCUAAAGUUAAACUUCCAAAUACAAAGUUAAUAAAUUGUGCUGUAUGUUCUUCGUCGACGUAUCGUAAGAAAAAAGUUGAUGGAAAUAUUUUAACAAUUAACGGGUUUGACGCUACUGUACCUGUAAUUAUACAGGCUUUUGCAAAAUCUCUCUUUUAAUUACUGCAUGCAUAGCAGUUCUUUCUUUGGCAAACAAGUACUAGCUGACCAAUUACUACGCUAUACGAUUAUGGCAUUGUCAAUUAAGGAAUACAUUCAAACACGUACACUGUUACGAUUAGAACCGUCAAAAAUAAUUUCCAAUAAUCUAUCAAUUCUACUAGUCUGAUGCUGAUGUAGUAGUCAAAGCAUAGAAAAUUACUAUUUUCUACUGUUAAAAGAAAAGUAGAGAGCUUGUUGUUAACUUGUUGUUUCCAAGUAUUCAAACAGAAACAACGCAAACAUUUCAAUAGGAUAUUAAAGAAAGAAAGAAAGAAAGAAAGAAAGAAAGAAAAAAAUUUGUUUUAAAAUAAUGCCGAAAAAAUUAUUUAAUUUAAAACAAUCUCUCUCAACGAUUUCGAAUUAAUUCUAAAAAUUACCAGUUGACAUUAUACAUUUAAUUUAAUACAUACAUAUAAAAGCCAUAUUUAUAAGAAAUAAUAUACGGUUUCGUUUUUUUAUACAUACAUAUGUAUAUGUUUGGUACGAUUAGAGAGAAAGAACUGUUCGGCACUUAACGUUAAUUCGUUUCUAAUUCCUAACAUUAUAAUUAUCUAAUAUCAAUAUUAAUAUCUCAACAUUACUAAAUAUUUACUGCAUGUUUUUAGCAUUUAGAGUGAGCUGUGUAAUUUUUGAUAUAAUUUUAUUUGCGUUUCGAGGGUGGUCCAAUGAACUCUGUAAAUAUUUCUUUACACAACGGAUAACACAAUGACAAAUGAAUCGAUAAUUGACAAGUAAAUGAAUGUGAUACAUCUGUGAUCGACCACUUGAUUAGAUAAAGGAAGAUAUUUCAAACGACAUGGACCACUUUAUGUCAUUUAGAAACAGGUAUAGAUUUAUUAAUGUGUCGUUUUCCAUUUUAUAAAAUCCGUUGCGCAGCUAAAAACAACAAAAUAAUUAGGAUAAGACUGCAUAUUAGAUACGAGGCAAGUAUCUAAAACAGCCUUUCGGGCAUUUUUCAAUUAAUGUUAAAAGAUACUUUUACUUUAAUCCUAUCUGCUUAUUUCAACUGGUUAACGGUAAAGGUGUCUGUAAAAUCUCUAUCGAAACAUAUAUACAUAUAGAUGUAACGUAAUGUUUAAGGUAUUACACAUUUAGGGCUGGUGCGCUUCUGGAAGUUUGAAUUAGAAUUUAAAAAGAGGAAAAAAAAAAAGAAAAAAAAGAUAGAAUGUUGAAAAUUUUCCCACUGUGAUAUGCAUUUAGCCCCAAAGAAUAUAGACUUACAUUAGUAUAAUUUUACUGUUAUAUUUCAUAUUUGCCAUAUCCAAAGUAAAUACGACAAAUACUAAAUACAAUACUAAUAUAAUACUGUGAUACAAAGUACAUUAUUAUUGUUCAAACUAGGAGAAAAGAUAAGUGAAAAGUAAAACCAGAAGCGCGCCAUAUGCCUGCUUUAUUUGUUGAUUAGUACAUCUAUUAGUACACCAAUUUUCUUUUUUCCUUUUCUUUUGUUUUAUUGUUAAAAAUAUGAGAUAAUUUCCAGAGAUACCUCUGAUCUUGUGUAAAUCGAUCCUUGAAUUACCAUUAUGAAGAAAAAAAAAGAAAAAAAAAAGAAAAAAAAAAGACUUUUAGUUUUCAAAGUGAAAAGCAAGAUUUUUUUCUUAAAGUAUGUCGCUAAAAAGUACAGCGUGGAUGAAUUCUCAGGUUUGACAAACGUUUAAAUUAAGUGCCUAAAUAUUCACGUGUUCUUUGCAGCCCUCUCGGUAAUUCAUGGAUCGAUGUCAAUCGUGUAUGAUUAAUUUGAAUUACACGUACAUAAAUUAUAGAGAGAUGCAUAGCGAUAUUAUAGUUUCCCCUAUAAGGAUGAAACGAAAUUUGAAUCGGAUAAAAAGGUAUAUGUAUUAGCGUUAAUAUUUCUCCGAAAUGAAGUUCACCUUGUAAUCUUUAAUCUUAUUGUUAGUUGCGCGACACCAUGGAACCUUUUAUAACUCAUAAGUUAUCAAGAAAUGAUAGUAUUUUUUAGACAAGUUUUCCUAAUCGAAGUUCAUGGAUCUACAAUGCGCUCGAAAGAUUAUUUAUACAUAUAUAGCGAAGUCUCUCCCGUCGUCCCAUUGAAACGAGGAGGAAAAAAAAAUUCAUUUUUUUCUUCAUAAAAUCAUUACACUAAUAGUAGAUGAUAAAAUAUUUUAAAUAUUUUUAAAAGUCGCGCAUCUAAUUACUAUUUAUUCAUUGCGUAAAGGUAACAAACCGUAUGCUACAUUUGUAUUUGUAGCUUAUUAUAUUCGAUAAUAUCACGUAAAACUAGCUUAAUGUAUUAUACGUGCUAUUAUACCUAACGAUCGAAGAGAACAUAAUCUUACGUUUGGUCACUGUCAUUUUUUAACUGCCAUUUUUUAUGUACUAAACAUUGUAAUCGUGAACUAACUUUAGCAUUGAUACGAAAAGUAAUCGAUGCAGUUACAUCAAGAUUUAAUUAAUUCACCGAAUAAUACCUAGUUCAACAAUCGUACGUAUUUGUUAAAAUUUAAUUAGAAACAUUCAGUCGCCCUUGAAAUCGUAAUGAAAUUUCUUCUCGAUCGUAAAAUAGACAUGUUUAUUGUCUAUUGCAAAAGGGACGGAAACAUAGUGGGGGAAAAAAAAGAAAGGUAAAAAGCUUGAACGAUACCUUUUACAUUCUUCAUGCUUCUCUUUCGAAGAUACUGGUUUCAGUUCGUGCUGUUCUGUCCGAUUGAAACCUGAAAAACAAUACGUUGUAUUAUAAUAGAAUUCAAAAUAUAUCGUUUACACAAAGUAUCGGGUAAUCUUGAUUGUGGUUGCAUUUUGUUCAAACACAAGCGAGAAAGAAAUCAGCUUCCUUGAUAAAAAUGAACUUUUACAAAUCGUUUGUCUUACAAAUAAUAUAUUCUCAGAUAAAGUCUCAGAACGGAGGUGAAUACGAUGACAAAAAAUGUUCCUUAGGAUUAAUGAAAUCCAACAAAAAAUGAGAAAAGUUGUUGUACUCGCAUUUUUAGUACAUUACUCAUCAACGAAUACAAUAGAAAAACGCUAAACGGCUAUCGUUUUGUAUAAAUCUUUUGAAGUAAUGCCAAAAAAAAAAAGAAAAGAAAAAUUAAAUUUUAAUUCUUGUUCUGAAUAUUGUAAAUAGGUAUAUAUUCGAAAUGGGUAUGCACUAAUAAUGUUUACAAAAAUUCAAGUAUUUAAAUCAUGAUUCACAUGGAAUGCCUACUUUUUGGCCUUACUUUUGUAUAAAAUAAAAAGAGAAA